AUGCAAGGCGCAGGUAUUCGCCCCUUUGUGGGUCUCGGUGGUCAAUUCAUAUGUACCCAGUGUCGCAGAGCUGGUGUCGACAUCUACAGGCAACCGGGCCUGCGGCCUCUCCACGCAUCCCCAAUCUUUCAGCGACCGCGCCGGAGAGACUUCUUCUCGUCGAAUGCUGUGCUAUCCAGCCCCAAAGAUGCAGAUAGCCCGGCCUCAACACCCCGAGUUGAAGCUGCUCAGACGCAGAAAAGAAAAACUGCCAGACCAACCGGCGCCAAAACGUCGCUGCGGAGAGUAGCCGUUGAAGCACAGCGAUCCAAAGUCGGGAAAGAUGUCCACGGCGGGCCUCUCCAGGAUGAAUCACAAGCACCGAAGCUGGUGACUGCCUACGCUGUUGCUGAAACUUUUGACAUAGCUAAAGUGGUGGAAAUACUACGAUCCAAAGGCUAUGAGCCGGAUCCUUUGAAUACAGGCCUUCACCCGCAAGUCGUUCAUAUUCAGAUUCCGACAUCAUCGAUUUACCGCUCUUCGAAUGUAUCUGUUCAAGACCUCGCUGCUCAUGAGGUCGGUGACGUUUUUAUCUUCCCAUCUGGUACUCUGGUUACCUGGGCACUACCUGAGGGCUUCACCUCUUACUUUGCGACCAGGACUCUUCUCCCAGCUGCUGUCAACCCCCAUCGAGAGCCUAUUGAGUCGGAAGAUCUCGACUAUGUGGAGGACCCCAACCGCGAGAUCAGCAGCAUUCGUGGCGAUACGAUUAUUCUCGGCACCAAGCCGCAUAACUCGAAUGCUGUGGAGGACCCAACGUUGUCGGCACCCCAAAGUAUUGAUUCCGCCCUCACCAAAAUCGCCUUCUCCUCUGGAUUCGCACGCUCCACCAAACUCGCCGUCCUCGAGACCAACCUCUCUACCUACCUUGCCUCGACUGCCGGCAUUCCCUCGCUUCUGUCGAAAGGCUCUCGGCUUCCACUUCGCUUUUCCAGGAGUUUCAUUCUUCGCAAGACGGGCCAGCUCCUUCAGCUUCGUGCUCAGCUCAAUCUCUACUCCGAGCUUACUGACUCGCUUCCGGAUCUGUUCUGGGAUUCACGCCACGAGUUGAAUCUCGAGAACUACUAUGACCAAGUUGGACGAGCCCUCGAUGUUGGCAUUCGAAUCAAGGUCUUGAACGAGAAGAUGGACUACGCGGGCGAGAUUGCGAACGUAUUGCGAGAGCGGCUCAGCGAGAAGCAUGGCCUCUUCCUCGAGUGGACUAUCAUUGUGCUGAUCGCGAUCGAGGUGGGCUUCGAGGUGCUCCGGCUGUAUAGAGAAGGUUUCUGGGCUGAGGUGUGGGAAAAAGGUCUAACAACAGACAAGCUGCGUGAAAGUGUGGCCUAA